AUGGAACAGCACCUGAACAGCAACAUCCACCGUGGCACCUACAUAAUCUGUCCAUUCUGCAAGUGUGGCUUCGCAACAGCCACUGGAGCAAUGCACCACCUCGAAAUUGGCUUCUUCCCGAAUGCGCGCUCCUUGAAUCACGACACUAUCCUCACUGGAACCCACCGCCGCGACCCAAACCACAUCAUCACCGAGGAACUGCCCACCUACCGCACCGAGCCCUCCAUCACCGCCACACCCCGCGUUCUGUAA